UCAGAAUAUAAGCCAAACCCUCCUCGAGACAGAUCACGAUAGGUCAGUGAACGUGGUCGCGGUUGUGGUUCGCGUUAAAACAAGACGGACAGGAGCGCAUUUUAAAGUGAAUUUACUUGGAACAUCUGAUCUUCUACCAACGCAGGAUCUUUUUUUGCACUCUACCUUCAGAACUCUGCCUUAACCCAAUGGUUUCCAGAGACCCGGCAUUCACCUGGGAUCUCAACGCGGAUUCUACAUUAUACAGUUCUAUGGAGCACGAAAAAGCGGAAGAACAAGUUCCGGCCGCCAUGCAGUGGACCGACGGCUCCACAACGGCGACGUACGGGGACGGUACAGGGAGCAUGCAGAGGCGCGAUGGACAGCGAGACUUUCUGGACGGGAGGGCGAAGGGCUCUGAAGGAGGGGCGCAGGUUGAGGUGGAGCAGCUGAGGAGGGCGCUGCAACAGGCGCAAGCCAAUCUGCAUCUCGCGCAGAGCUCCAACAAGACCCUGGUGGAAAAGUGCCGGGUCUUGGAGCAGGACAUGGCUACGCAGCAGCGGGAGAGACUGCAGUCGCAGGCGGAGAAGCAGUUGCAGCUGCAGUUGGAGAGCGUGCAGUCCCUAUUGACCGAAGAGGAGAAGCGGACAGAGCUCUUGCGGAGGACUCUGGCACAGCUGCAAGGCGCCUACAACAAGCUGUCUGAGGAGAACAACUGGAUGAAAGCGGAAGGGGCGAAUGCUGAGAAGUCCACGGUGGAAGAGCUCCAGAACACCCUGGCGAUGGCUGAGCAAGCUCUUGCUGCCAAGCAGAACAAGAUCGAUGCGAUGCAGCGGGAGUUCAUCAAGAAGAAUCAGGAGCUGGAGUCAAUCUCAGUAUUCCAAGCACAGGCAGAGGUCUACAUGGCGGAUUUCCUCGCCGAGCGGGAGGCCAGGGAGAAGAUCCACACGGAGAAGGAGAAGGUGAUGGAGCAGCUGGCGUUCCUGAAGGAGGAGAACCGGCAGCUGAAGGAGGAGAACCGGCAGCUGAAGGAGGAGCUGGAGUCGCAGUCGGCUAAUCGCAACCUGUUGGAGAUGCGGAAUCGCCAUCAGCAGACGCAGAAGCCACUGGGAGGCACGCUCUCAAACAUUUGGCAGUGGGCCAAAGGUGAGCCGAACAUCCAGGAGCACACCUGUCCCAAAUGUGAAGGGGCCUACCCUGACCUGGACAGCCUGCAGAUUCACAUCAUGGACUGCAUCGUCUGACAGGUUGCCAUGGCGCCUUGGACACGCUAAACCGUAUCACUAGAGAACAAAUUUUCCCCACGUGUAAUCCGUUCCUUUCGAAUAAAGUCUCCGCUGCAAACCACCCUUAAAGCUACAAUAGGUGAUGUCGGACUUCUAACAGUCAAGAGAGGAAUAGCAGCAACCAACGCUUUCAAACCACAACACUGUUUAUCCCUCCCUCUUCUCUGUGAAUGCGCUGAUGUUGAAACGCCAUUGGCUGUGGCAAUUAGAACCAAUUUUCAACCAAUGAGCUAUUGUUCAGUCAUACAAUGUUUUGGUACAGAGUGUUGAGCCAACAACUGUGUAGUUUGUAGUAGUCGUAUACAGUUGUCGUAUAUGGUCUCCGUAUCUGAACACCCUCUGCACUUUAGGUGUAUAUCUAUCAUACCUCUAUUGUUAUAUAUUGCAAAUACCCUUUUCAAUGUGAUGGAGUCUUAAGUGUGCCAAGGCCAAAUCGAAUACAAAUCGAAAUUGAAUGAGUCUGAAAUGAAUGCAUUUAAUCCCAAGUGGUUCUCUGAAGAAUGCAUGCUAUUUUCUGACUGGAAACGGGUCCUGGUUCCACUUUACGAAGUAUCUGCGGUCUGCUCUCUCUCUGAGUUAUGUUCUGCCACAUCAGACAAUGUGAUAUGGCGAAUGAGUUUUGAUUUUCUUUUCUUUUUUUUACGAUGGUAUGGACACGCAUGCCAGAAGACAUUAUCUUCUUAUUCAACUUGUUCAUCAUUAACAUAGCCAAAGGUCGCUGCCGUUUUGCAAACCGACCUGCCCUGUCGUGUCGAAAUCUUUCUCCUGAAUUUAACUGCAGACCGCUGUCAGGAAAUAAAGUGUUAAGCCAAAAGCUACUGUCACAUGUUUGGGUAUGUUUGUUUGUAUGUUUUGGGUUGGGUAUGUAUGUUUGUUGUUUGCAUGUAUUGGGUUUGGUAUGUUUGUUAUUUGUAUGCAUUGGGUUGGUUAUGUAUGUCUCCGCAAAAUAACCCAGAGGUUUCUCGGUGAAACGGGAAUAUCCGAAGUUCAGAUUUUGACAUUCAGACAAAUAAAAGGUUUGCAGUGGUAAGAUUUAUUACAUUAGCUGAUAAACAGAGCAAUGACUUUGGUGUGUGUAUAUGUAUUUUAUCAAUAAAUGUAAUUGUUAUAUUUUAAA